GUCUGCUCACAGAAGACAUGGCACCCUACACAGCCACUCUCUCCAUACCUACAUAUGACAGCCUGAGCCUCACUGACAAGGACAGAAUAAAAUUAAGGAAACCCUUAGUGGAGAAGAUGCGCAGAGAUCGCAUCAACACCUGCAUAGAGCAGCUCAAGUCCCUGCUGGAGAAGGAGUUCCAGAGCCAGGACCCAAACGCCAAGCUGGAGAAGGCCGACAUCCUGGAGAUGACGGUCAGCUUCCUGCGGCGGCAGCGGCAUCCUGGGCCUGUGCAGAGUCAGAGGGACUAUAAGGAGGGCUACUCCCAGUGCUGGAGGGAGUCCAUGCAGUUCCUCAACGCCAGCUCCAGCAGAGGAGUGCCUUUCAGGGAACACCACAUCAGCCCUCAGAGAGCCCCUCAGGACCUCUCCUCUUCAUCCUCUUCAUCCUCGUCCUCCUCCUUCCCGUCCGCCUCGUCUCCUGUCACCUCCAAACAGAGCUCAGUCAGCAUCAUCCACCAUGCUGGGAGCAAGAGGCCUGUUUGGAGGCCGUGGCAGUAAUGCCCACAGACACUAAUACAACUAAACCUGAGGGAUGUUGUGUGUCUCUCAAAAGUGUUGGAGAAGUUUUAUUUCCACUUGUCUAAUUUCUAAUCUAAUGUUAUAGUUUCUCAUCAUAUUGAUGGACAAAUGUUACAGAAAGAUGCUUUGGUUUUUUUCAGAGGAGUCUUGUGUACAUAUCUAAGAUAAUUCAGUUCCUAGUUGAAGUUGCAGAUAUUUUAGUGAUUCUAACAUCUAAUCAACAAUCAGUUUAUCUUGUAGAAGUAGCAUUGAUUUCCAAUGUCUGCAUCUUUGGAAGCAGCUGACUCCUGUGGAGUUCAUUGUAUACUUUUCUGAUCUACAAAUUGGUAUAGUAUUGGCAUGUAUUUUGAGAAAUUUUCUCAUUUUUGAAUAGCCUUUUACCAUAUGUUCAAAUCAAAAGUGUAUGUAUGUAUGUGAUAUGUACAAAAAUGGUGGCACAUGUGAUUGUGCCCCUCUUAAUUUUAAUGUGGACAGCAUUCACUAUAAUCAUGUUGUUUAUAUGAAUGAUUUACUGUAAACUGUGAAGUACAAUCAAAUUAUUGUACAUGCCAGUGCAAUGGUACUGUUUUGUAACAGCUGAUUAAUUGGAUUACAUUGUAUGUCAAUCCCAUGCAUUUCCAUGAAAGCAAAAUUAUCACCUGAGAACACUUCAGACGAAGAAGUAAUUAAUUAUUAAAAAAAUAACUUCAAUA